CAGCUAACUUCUAGUUUAGCGCCCGGCUAACUUGACGGGGGAUAAAAAUAGUUUAGUCAUGCGGCUCUUCUAGACUUUCCAAAUGUUAUUGGACAGAAUGGCUUAAAUCAUGAUAUUGAAAUCAUCAUAUUGAAACGAGUCAUUUCGCGGGUGAUUGUGACGCUCACGAUAAUUUAAACACCGUUUUACAGAUGCUAAGCUAACUUCUAGUUUAGGUUUUUUGCUAGUUAAAUCACUGCCCAAGUUCUGAUGUGAGUCAAAGUGAGUCAAGAUGCAACAAACUGGGGCUAAUCUUCAGAUAUAUAAGGCCAGAAUUUAGAGCUAAUGACAAAGUACUCGUUUAAUAAAUAUAGUUGUUAGUUCUAGUGUUUUUUUUCUAGCUCACAUCCAUUGUAAAUCAGUCCAGUCAUGGUUUUCUGGCGCCCUCUGGUGGACAAACAGAGAACUACAACAACACAGGGAAUAAUCAAACCAUCAUGGCGGCUGCCACAAGGCUCAUAUCAAGGUUGACACUGGUCACUGGUGGAGGCAGUGGGAUCGGACGGUCGGUGUGUCAGCGCUUCGCCUCUGAGGGCGCCUCCGUGGUGGUCGCUGACAUCAGCGAGGAGUCGGCCAAUGAGACCCUGGGGAGUCUGUCGAGUGACCUCAGAGGACAAGGUCACAUGGCGGCUGUGGUGGAUGUGUCGUCAAAAGAGAGCGUGAAGAAGCUGGUCACGAGUAUACAGACUCGUUACUUUCAGCCUCCCUCAGUGUGUGUGAACGCAGCAGGAAUCACACAGGACGACUUCCUGCUCAACAUGGAGGAGGACCAGUUUGACAGAGUCAUCCAGGUCAACCUGAAGGGUUCGUUCUUGGUCACUCAGGCUGUCGCUCAGGCUCUAGUUGCAUGUGGAGCACCCAAAGGAUCCAUCGUGACUGUCGGCAGCAUUGUGGGAAAGGUGGGAAACAUCGGACAGGCGAAUUACGCCUCCUCCAAAGCUGGAGUGGAGGGUUUAACCCGGACGGCUGCCAAAGAGCUCAGCAGAUUUGGGAUUCGUUGUAAUUGUGUGCUGCCAGGUUUCAUAUCGACUCCGAUGACGGAUAAAGUUCCAGAGAAGGUUAUUAGCAAGAUGACGUCUCUGGUGCCUCUUGGCAGGAUGGGUGAGCCAGCAGAGGUCGCUGAUGUCUGCGCCUUCCUUGCUUCUGAUGACUCUCGAUACAUCACAGGAGCCAGAAUAGAAGUGACAGGUGGACUUUUCAUUGGAUAGAUGAGCCGUCCGUCACCCAGAUGACGACCAAUGAAAGGCCAGUUCCUACAUUAGUUUGUCAAACUGAUUCUACUUUUAUCAACUCUUCAGUCACGAGUACUGAGUCCAUUAUGUUUUUAUAAAUCUGGUUGUAAAAAUGUACCAUACAGUGUGAAGCCACUUUCUGUGCCAAUAAAUACCUGUUUGUCAUAUUUAUA